GCACCGCUUAAUCAACAACCUGACAAGUUAGCUACCCGCGCAGCGCCGCGCGCCAUGGCCACGAUGAACCACCGCAUUGUGCCCCUCCUGCUGGUCGCAGCCACACUGCUCGCGCAGGCCGCGGCCUGCCCCUACUGCCCGACGCCGAAGCCGCCGCCGCCUCCGCCGCCGUCGUCGUCGUCCACGCCGUGCCCUCCCCCGCCCUACUCGCCGUCGCCGUCCACGCCGACGGGUAAGUGCCCCGUGAACACGCUCAAGCUGCUCGCGUGCGUGGACGCGCUCAACGGCCUCGUGCACGCCGUCAUCGGGACCAAGGCCAGCGACACCUGCUGCCCGCUGCUCUCCGGCGUGGCCGACCUCGACGCCGCGCUCUGCCUCUGCACCACCAUCAAGGCCAAGGCGCUCAGCGUCAGCCUCGUGCUCCCCGUCGCCAUCUCGGUGCUCGUUAACGAGUGCGGCAAGCAUGUGCCCUCCAGCUUCCAGUGCCCGUAAUCACAUCAGCUGCAUAUAUGUGCUACUAUGAUGUAUCACCACCACUAAUCUAUAUCCGCAUGCAUGCAUCAAUGCAUGGGUGAUUAAGGGUUUAUACGCGGUCAAAGUUAUACACGCAUAUAUAUGUAGCUUCAUACAUGGAGCUGUGGGUUGUGCAUUCAUUUUCAAAUCAUGUACCAGUAUUAUAUUGUAGUAUCAUAAACCAGUGUGAGAGUUGUGGCCUUGGUGGGGGUGCUUGUAAGUCAUCAUUAAGUAAAACCAUGAAUAAAACGUGUGUAACA